AUGCCCACAGAAUUCAUCUCCAUGACCUCACCCAACGCCUCGAGCGAGCUGUUCCCCAUCCCCGGGGCCUCAAUCGACCCUGAAUACCUCGUCCGGUAUGCCAAAGUGCUCGACGACUAUGGCUUCCAGUACACGCUCAUACCCUACGCGUCGGGAGCAUUCGACCCCUUCACCAUCGGCGCCACCAUCGCGGCCGUGACCAAGAAGAUCAAGGUGGUCAUCGCGCUGCGGCCCAACACCAUGUUCCCCACCACGGCCGCCAAGCAGCUAGCCACGCUGGACCAGCUCAGCGGCGGCCGCGCAGUCGUGCACUUCAUCGCCGGCGGAAGCGACGCCGAGCAGGCCCGCGAGGGCGACUUCUUGUCCAAGACGGAGCGCUACGAGCGCCUCGAGGAGUACAUCCGCAUCCUGAAGCGUGGGUGGGAGUCGGCCGAGCCCUUUGACUGGAACGGCAAGUACUACACCUUCAAGGGCUGGAGCAACGCCGUCCGGCCCGUCAAUGGCAGCUCCAUCCCCGUGUCGGUGGGCGGGUCAUCUGCCGAUGCGUACAGAGUCGGUGGCUCCCUGGCCGACAUCUUUGGCCUCUGGGGUGAGCCGCUCAAGGAGACCAAGGAGCAGAUCGAUCAGAUCUAUGCCCAGGCGGAGAAGGCGGGCAGGACCGACCGUCCCCGCAUCUGGGUCACCUUCCGACCCAUCACGGCAGAGACGGAGGAGCUGGCCUGGGCAAAGGCACACCGCACGCUCGAGGCGCUGCAGGGUGACGACGCGGCCAAGGCGAGGUUGUAUGCGCCGGGGCCCAAGGACGCAGAGCCGCAGAACGUGGGCUCGCAGCGGCUGUUGGAGAUCGCCAAGAAGGGUGAGGUGCAGGACCGCGCCCUGUGGUAUCCUACAGUAACGGCGACGAAUGCGCGGGGUGCGUCGACGGCUCUGGUGGGUUCUUAUGAGACGGUUGCCGAGUCCAUCCUCGACUACGUAGACUUGGGUUGCGAGUUGAUUUCCAUUCGUGGAUAUGACAACCUGAACGAUGCCGUUGAUUAUGGUCGUUAUAUUCUCCCUCGGGUUUACGAGGGAAUCAAGCAACGGGAGCAGAAAGCUGCGAAUGGACAUCAUGAUGAAUAA